AUGGGGAACGCGUGGUGCCACAAAGACGAUAGUCCAGAAAAAGGAGAUGAUCGGGUUUUCCGUAAUGAGGAUCCACCGACAGAAGGCGAUCAGGAGGAUACAGACAGCGACGAGCAAGACACUCGAGACGCUCAAGCUGCAAACAACAAUCGCAAUAAGCGACGAGAUCGAGGGCUUAAGAUGUACGACUCCUGCGACGACGUCUGGAUGGAUCGCAUGUGGCUUUACGAUCUAGAUGAUCAGCAAACUCCCGAUGCUGUUGCUUCUGGGCACGACUGUGGAGACUACUGUGGAGACCACUGUGGAGAAUGCGACCUCGAGUGUCAUGAUGCUCCUGACUGCAGUGACUGUGGUGAUUGCUGGUGUGACUGA